AUGGGUCGCCUCACGACGGUGUUGUCCGCCGUUUUCCUGGCCAUCGGAGGUUUCCUCUUUGGCUAUGACUCCGGUAUCAUCACCUCGACGAUCGCGCUAGAUUCGUUUGAAAAGUAUUUCCGCCACCCAUCAGAUACCGUCGCCGGCGGCAUCGUGUCAGCUUUUCAAGGCGGUGCCAUCUUCGGCACCAUCAUCAACAUGCUCUUCGCCAACAAGAUCGGUCGGCGUAACACCAUCUUUGUCGGAUCCGUGAUUUCGUGCCUCGGCUCGGCUCUGCAGGCCGGCGCCGUCAACAUGGUCAUGCUGAUUAUUGGCCGCUUCAUCGGUGGUGCUGCCGUCGGCAUGAUCACUUCGACAAUUCCUAUGUACGCCUCUGAGCUGUCGGAAGCCAAGUACCGUGGUAUCUUGUCCGGUUUGCUGCAGUGGAUGUUGAGUUGGGGAUUCUUGAUCGCCCAGUGGCUUGGAUAUGGAUGCUCCUUUGUCAAGAGCGACUUUUCUUGGCGUUUCCCUCUCGCCUUCCAGGCUGUCCCCGGUGUCAUCCUCGUCACCGGCAUCUACUUCCUCCAAGAAUCCCCUCGUUGGCUAAUGGAGCGAGACCGACACGAAGAUGCCCGCCGAUCACUCGGUAAACUCCGAAGUGGCCUGGACGAGGAAACCAUCGAUCUCGAGUUCCGCGAGAUUCGCGACGUCAUCUUGGCUGACCGCGCCCUCGGCAACAUUUCAUGGAAGUCCAUCAUCACAAAGCCUUCGUGGCGCAAGCGUCUUUUGUUGGGCUGUGGUGUACAGGCCUUUGGACCUCUCUCAGGUAUCAAUGUGAUCAACUACUAUGGACCUCGCAUCUACAAGAUUCUUGGCAUCGAUACCCAAACCUCUCUAAUGAUUAUCGGCAUCAGUGGUGCUCUUUCGAUCGUCUACUGCAGCAUUGGCCUGUGGCUCCUCGACCGCGUCGGCAGAGUGAAGCCCCUGAUCGUCUCUGCAGCCGGUCUCGCCGCCGCCCUCCUCGUCAACGCAGUGCAGGCCCAAUAUCUCAACGAGAAUAACGCCAAUCAGUUGCGCAGUAUGGUAGCCAUGAACUUCGUCUUCAGCAUGUUCUACACCCCGCUGGGCAUUAUCAGUUGGGUGUACCCUGCCGAAAUCUUCCCUGUCGAAGUCAGAGCGCUCGGAAACGCUAUCACCACCUUCACCAACUGGACCGUCAAUCUUAUCUUUGCCCAGAUCUCCCCGGAGGCCCUGACUAAUAUUGGCUUCCGCUACUUCUACGUCUUCUUCGUUUUCAAUCUCAUCGCCAUGAUUUGCUACAUCUUCUUCUUCCCGGAGACCAAGGGCAGAACGCUUGAGCAGAUGGAUGAGCUCUUUGGGGAUCAGCUGGUGCCUCAUGCUAUGCAGGAUUCUGUUGGAGCUGCUGCUGCUGUCGCCAAGGACGAGAAGCUUGUAGAGCAGCUUGAUCACGUCUAA